AUGAAGCACUGUGAGAAGGGCCGAAUCGCCCGGUGGAAUUCGACGUUGGACGAAUUUGAGGCAAGAAUAAUUUACAGAAAAGGAUCGGAUAAUCAGGUGGCUGAUUAUCUCAGCCGAUCGGCUAACUCCGACGUUAUCUCUGAUGUAGUGGAGGAAUUGUCACAUCCGUAUAUUGCUCUCCCGGCUGUUACGAUGGACCCAGUGGAACUUCCCACUGGUACGCGAAUCCAUCGUUACAGCAGCCUGGACUUAGAGAGAAUUAGGGAAGUAUCAAAGAAGGAUCGGGAAGCCGCGGAACUAACUGAAAAAAACAUACUGGACAGAAGACAAGGAUGUUAUUGGGAAGGGAGACGUUGUUUUGUCCCCUAUGAUCUGCGACAAGUCACACUAAACCCUGAAGGACUUGGUGCAACUUGGAUAGACGAUUUAAGGUUGUACGUGCAAGCGUACAACUACACAUACCACGAAACGCUAGGUGCGUCACCCGCAGAAGUCCUCUUUGCGAAACCGGUGGAGGAACCCAGCAUUACAAUCGAGCUGUUAGAAGACUUGCGGGAAAGAAAGGAACGUGGGGCAUUGAUACGGCAGCGAGCGGCAGAUCACGCGCGACAGGUCCAGGACGAAUUGGAUAGCAAAUUGAAGCAUGUUCAUGUAGAACCGAAAAUUGGUAUGAUGGCUUGCGCUAGGUUACCAACUGACGCCAAACUGGACACACCCUACACGGAACCUGUACCAAUCGUGUCCGUGGAUGCUGAACGAAGUAUGGUUACCCUCUCCUACCAAGGAAAGGAAAUACACCGUUCCUUCAAGCAGAUACACAUAUUGCCCGCGGUCGAUGUAAACGCUAUCGUGAGGGAGGAAUCUCAUAGAGAAGGAAUGACGGAUGAAGAACCUGCUCAGAUCACGGAUUCACAAUGGACUGCACUAUGA